GUUUGUGUUUUGCUUGUUGGAGAAGCAACCAAACACCAACCAUGGCUGGAGAUGGAGAUGAGGCAUUGCUGGCGCUGAGGCCGCCGAAUCUGCCAUGGUAUCGUGCGACACGGUACACGUUGGCCAUUUGGGCCUUCUUUGGCUUUCUGAAUGUCUAUGCGCUGCGCGUCAACCUCAGUGUGGCCAUUGUCAAGAUGUCCUCGGAGUACAACUGGGGCAACUGGCAAUCAAGCAUUGUGCUGUCGUCGUUCUUCUACGGCUACAUUGUGACGCAGCUCCCGGGCGGCUGGCUCGCGACUCGAUUCGGCGGCAAGCUGGUGUUUGCAUAUGGUGUCCUGUGUACGACAGUGUUGACGCUGCUGACCCCACUUGCCAGCGAGCGUCUCCCGGUGCUGGUGGCCCUGCGCAUCGUGGAAGGCCUGGGCGAGGGCGUGACAUAUCCGGCAAUGCAUGCAAUGUGGGCAAAGUGGGCACCGCCAGCAGAACGAAGCCAGCUUGCAACAAUCGCAUACUCAGGCGCAUUCCUGGGGACCGUUGUUGCCCUGCCGGCCUCUGGUGCUCUUGCAGACUCCAACUUCCUUGGCGGGUGGCCGUCUGUGUUCUAUGUGUUCGGCGCAAUCGGAUGUGUCUGGUUCGUGUUUUGGAUGCUUCUCAUCGCAGACAGCCCAGCAAAGCACAAGCGCAUCAGCGCGGAGGAGCGGGAUUACAUCAUGGGCAGCAUCUCGGCGGUGCAGGGAAAACAGGAGCACGUGCCCACGCCCUGGAAGGCCAUCUUCACGUCUGUCCCCGUCUACGCCAUCAUCGUCAACCACACCACGCAGAACUGGGGGUUCUACACGCUGCUGACGUGCUUGCCAACAUACUUCAACGACGUGUUGCAAUUCAACAUCUCCAGCAGCGGCAUUUACGCGUCUCUGCCGUACCUUGCGUUGUUUCUCGUGACACUUGCUGGCGGUCAGCUCGCAGACUACUUCCGCGUCCACAACAUCCUCUCCACAACUUGGGUGCGUAAGCUGCACAACACAACCGCGUACACCAUUGCCGUCAUCUUCCUGGUCCUCGCCGGGUACACGGGAAAGGCCAACGUUUCGCCAACCGACCCUGGCCUGCUUGGGUCCACUGGCCUGUCCAAGUCCGAAGCACUGGCGGUGACAUACCUGACAAUCUCAACAGGCGCUCUCGGUCUCACGCAGUCGGGCUUCAACAUUAACCACCUCGACGUCAGCCCCCGUUUCGCAGGCGUGCUGAUGGGCAUCACAAAUGGGUUUGCAACCAUCCCUGGCUUCGUGGCACCGACGGUGGCUGGGGCCAUUGCUUCGUGCGGGCUGUGCGACAACGACAAGUCGCCCUUCAACGGGACGUACUGGGAGGGCCCCAACAAGUGCCCACCGACCAACGGGACGGUUGCACAGAUGCACCGCUACCACAAGUGCACCAUAGACGAUGCUCAACACCAGUGGAGGCUGGUAUUCUUCAUCUCCGCUGGCGUGUUUGCGUUUGGCUCGCUGGUGUUUCUCAUCUUCGGCUCAGGCAAGGUGCAACCGUUCAACACGCCGUCGUCCUUGCUGCGCAGUGACGCGGAAAACGGCACGCCUUCGCUCACAGAGAGCUCGGCGUUGCUGCAGAAUGUUGACGGCAAUGCGCGCACUCGCGUCUCACCCAUCAACGCGUGAACGUGCCACGCGCUAACGAACGUAGAUCAACAAGGGUGUUUGUGUGUGUGUGUGUGUGUGUGUGUG